AUGGCUUGCCUAGAUCCUAGUAAAACUACAUUAAAUUCAGAUACUUUUAUUGAGGUGAAGAGCAAAUGUAAAAAGAAAAAGGAGACUAAAGAGACCCAUGAGUCGACACCCGAAAUAGAGAGCAGCAGUUCAAGUUGUGGAUUUACAGAUGAUAUUCAUGAUGAGGGACCUAGCAUUUCCAUGCAAAUGAACUCAAGUGAUUAUGGAGUUAUGCAUGGUAAGCUUGUGCAAGAGAAGGAUAAUGGGAUAAAUAUAAUUUCUACAUCAUCGAUUUCGAGCUCUGGCAUGGCUGCUAAUAAUUCUAGCCGGAGGCUAACACCCCAGAGCGAAUCCGAUUCCAUAAAUGCAUCACAGUCAACUGGUCCAGUUGAUGACUUUUCUUUUUCCUCACGUCCACCACUUAGCUUCCAACCUAAUUGGUCAAGAGCACCAGCUCGUCCUAAAAUGGAUGAUAUGGUCAGGAUGGGUAGAUGCCAAGGAAAGGCUUCCAGCACACCUAUUGUGGCAACUGGUCCAGUUAGUAACUUUUCUUUUUCCUCACAAGCACCAUGCAGCUUCCAACCUGAUCGGUCAGGUGCACCAGCUCGUCCUACAAUGGCUGAUGUUGUCAGGAUGGGUAGACGCCAAGGAAAGGCUUGCAGCACACCUACUGUGGCAACUGAUGGCUAUCAGUCCAAAUCAUGUGAUCCAGUUGUGUUGAACAAAUCUCAAGACACUUCUAGGCUCUGCCAAAACACAGUGCAGGCUGUAAAACUGAAUAGGGAAUCACAUUCUUCUCAUGAUCAUGCUUCAAAUGUUACAGCGAUCAAUUGUGACCCUGGGGGUGCUGUUGUUCAGCAAACUUCUCAUGAGGAAUUGUCCUUAGCUGAUCGACCAUCUGUCAGAAGUGACCAAAUUGUCUCAGAAAUAUUUGAUGCUUCUGCCAACUAUGCUGAUGAACCUGCACCAUCUAGUUUGCAUGCUCAUGGGGCUGAUUUGUCUUUCUUGGAUGAUGAUCAAGUAUCAGAAGGAAUCAUCGCAGGCCAAAAUCGGCCAACCAAGUCAACUAAAUCUGCUUCUGCAUCUGACAGACAAGUGGACAAUUCUGGAUAUGGUUUUCUUUUUCCACAUGUGUAUGGGCACCAUGAAGGAGCACCAACUCGUCCUACAAUGGGUGAUAUUGUCAGUAUGGGUGGACACCAAGGAAAGGCUUCCUGCACACCUAUUGUGACAACUGGUCCAGCUGAUUCCAUAAAUACAUCACGGUCAACUGGUCCAGUUAGUAACUUUUCUUUUUCCUCACAAGCACCAUGCAGCUUCCAACCUGAUCGGUCAGGUGCACCAGCUCGUCCUACAAUGGCUGAUGUUGUCAGGAUGGGUAGACGCCAAGGAAAGGCUUGCAGCACACCUACUGUGGCAACUGAUGGCUAUCAGUCCAAAUCAUGGGAUCCAGUUGGGUUGAACAAAUCUCAAGACACUUCUAGGCUCUGCCAAAACACAGUGCAGGCUGUAAAACUGAAUAGGGAAUCACAUUCUUCUCAUGAUCAUGCUUCAAAUGUUACAGCGAUCAAUUGUGACCCUGGGGGUGCUGUUGUUCAGCAAACUUCUCAUGAGGAAUUGUCCUUAGCUGAUCGACCAUCUGUCAGAAGUGACCAAAUUGUCUCAGAAAUAUUUGAUGCUUCUGCCAACUAUGCUGAUGAACCUGCACCAUCUAGUUUGCAUGCUUAUGGGGUUGAUUUGUCUUUCUUGGAUGAUGCUCAAGUAUCAGAUGGGAUCAUCACAUGCCAAAAUCGGCCAACCAAGUCAACUAAAUCUGCUUCUGCAUCUGACAGACAAGUGAACAAUUCUGGAUAUGGUUUUCCACAUGUGCAAGGACACCAUGAAGCUGAGGAUGAUGGUAUGGAGCUUUCACUGUCUAUUUCCAACUUGCAGCAACUAAGUUUGUAUGAGGAACAUGAUACUGCACCUGCAGAGAGUUGCCCUGCAGUAAAAAUUCCUGAGCAUCUGCAGGUUACCAAAGCAGAUUGCUCACGUUUGAGCUUUGGCGCUUUUGGAUCUGGUGUAACUGGUCCAUCUACUGGUAUUUUUAUUCCAAGGCCUCUGAAAAGUAAUUUACAGGUAGCCUCAGUUACAGAUACUAGCGUGCCUCCAAUUGGUCAGCCAGAUACUAGAAUAUCCAAGUAUCAUCAUGAUGAGCAGAUAAGACCUUUCUCAGAUGAUAGCGUCUCUUUUAUAACUGGCACAAGCACUGACAAUUAUGGUAUGCUUUCAACUUCACAACCAGAGGUCACGAGGAAUGAUACCGCUCUGCAUACAAUUCAACAAAACUUUCCAUCUGCCUCUGGUUAUGCGAUUUCAAACAACGCACAACCAACUGCUGCAGCAUGUACAUACAGACAAGCAAAUUCACAUAUGCAAAAUCUUUCUGCUUUCUCAAGUGCAAUGGCUUUGAAUCCAGUAGUAUGCCCUACCUUUUGGCGAGCUACUGAGAGCAUGGUACGCCGUACCGUACCGAAUCGGAUGGUACGGAACGUACCGAACCGGAUGGUACGAGACGUACCGUAUCAUACCAGUGUGAACUGGUCUCCGUACCGGACGUACCGACAUAAUUAUAAUGUGGCACCAGCAUGGAGCCCGAUACCGAGACGGGGUAUCUUAACUCAGAGCAUGCCCAACACUAAUAUCUUCCCAGACUCUUUUCUUACUCAACAUCUUACUUGGGCUUCCUACUCUCGACGAACCGACCCUUCAGGGCGUUAUCUGCCCUCUGCUGCGAUCCAACAAGGAUACUCAGGAGGCAAUUCUUUCCAGCGGUCUCCAGCAAUGCUGCGUAGUGCUGGCACAAGAGAUACGAUAGCUCAGGCUAGAAGGGGCAUCUCUGUGAAUAACUUUGCCCCACUUGCUGAUGUAGCGUCAGGUCACGGAGGUUCUUGGAAUUCAGCAAAUAUUCCUGGAAGCUACAGAGAAGCUCCUUCCACCGUUUUUGCCAGCAGAAGAGUUGGUUAUGGGGGAGCUCUAGGCUCACAAUUCAGGGGAGUAAACCGUUUUCUGCCUCCUCACCAGGGUGAGAACGCUCCCACGUGGGACCAUGGAGCUAGUAGGAGAACAGCAACGGCUCUUCCAGGCAGAACAAGCUUCAGUUUCAGGGGCGGAAUCAGCAUAGGAGGGUUCGACAAGGUCAGCAGCCCUCCCAUUUUGAAACCUCGGCUUGCCCAGGGAGUCGAGAAGCGACCUGGCCUAGGCAUUUUUGUUUGAUCACAUGUAGCUACAGGUUAGACGGUCUCAAUUUUAUCAGCUGCGUAUACCAUGGGAGGGGCUUGACUGGUCUGGUUGCUGUCCUGUAUCUUGGGGCUCAUGUAUUUUAGAUGAUGGGUGCCUCACUGGUAGUCCACGCUUGACCAAUUUCGGCGGUGUUUUUGUCACGCCCCGAACCUAGCACUCGAGUUCUGCCACGAGACAUAAUCCCAUACUCCCUAGGGCAAAGCCAUUGGCAUUUUUGUUCGAUCACAUGUAGCUACAGUUUAGACCAUCUCAAUUUUAUCAGCUGUGUAUACCAUGGGAGGGGCUUCACUGGUUGUUGUCCUGUAUCUUGAGGCUCAUGUAUUUUAGAUGAUGGGUGCCUCGCUGGUGGUCCACGCUCGACUAAUUUCAGCAGUGUUUUUGUCACGCACCGAACCAAGCAUCCGAGUCCGACCGCGAGACAUGACCACAUACUCUCUAGGGUAAAGUUCUAAAGAAUAUGUAAUGUCUAAAAAUUUAUUACAACCUUAUUGAACAAUAAUAUUCUCAAUUCAUAACAAAUAAUAAAAUUGGUAUAAUUACAAAAUUUAAUAAUCUAACCACUAUCGGUGAUGGUCUAUUUAUUUAUCUUUCAUCCGUUAUCCUAACCAUAGCUAAGUAUCAAGCAACCUUGCUACUCUGAAAGGAAAAAAAAAGAAGGUAGUAUGAGUUUUAUAGCCCAAUAAAAAUUCUCAAACAUCCACACCAACACAAUAAUAUAAGUUUGAAAAUAGCAAAAAUCAUUACAUACAUCACAAAACCACAAACCGACCGUCAAUAAUGCUCAAAUAAAUAAUAUAUAUA